AUGAAAGCCAAACGACUGCAGUACAACGGAAUUCAGUCGUCAUCUUCUGAUGAGAUCAACCUACGAGCUUCUUCUUCUUGCACGUUCAUACGAAACGAAGGUCUGCCCAACAAGUUGCUUAAGUCAGGCCAAACAACGUCAGCGCCCUUGGCUCGUCAGAGUCAGCACACACAUGCUAUCAAUAAGCCCAAGCCCACCUCCUCCGGCUUACUUGGUCCGUCUGCAGUGGCUGAGCCAAGUACAUCAGAACAAUUAUGCCCACAUUUGGGGGUGAAUAUGCCCACUUGUGUUAAGGAUAUUCGUGGCUCGGUCGCCUCAUGUCUUUCGUCUAAUGUUAGUGGUGCUGGGGGCUGUGUUGAUGGAGGUGGUGAUAAUGAUGUUGGUGUUGGCUGCGGAGGUCUAUUUGGUUAUGAUUUUGGUUGCAAUGAUAACUCUAGUGGUGUUGGUGAUGGAGGUGAUGGAGAUCUUGAAGAUGAUAAUAGUAUUGGUGUUGGUAGCGAAGGUCUCUUUGAAAAUGAUUGUGGUUGUGAUUUUGGUUGCGAUGCUAAUGCUAGUGGUGAUGGAGGUGGCGGGGAUGGUGGUAGUGUUGGUGUUGGUGUUGGUUGCAAAGGUCUCUUUGGAGAUGAUUGUGGUUGUGAUUUUGGUUGCGAUGCUAAUGCUAGUCGUGAUGGAGGUAGUGAGGACGGUGGUAAUGAUAAUGAUAAUGGUGUUGGUGUUGGUUGCGAAGACGAUGGAGGUAAUGGAGGUCGUGAGAGUGGUGGUGGUGAAGAUGAUAAUAAUGUUGGAGUUGGUAGCGAAGGUCUCUUUGGAGUUUAUUGUGGAUGUGAUUUUGGUUGCGAUGAUAAUGCUAGUGCUGUUGGUGAUUGUGGUGAUGGAGGUGGUGAAGGUGGUUAA